CGGGACAAAGGGCGAAGCCCAGUUACCUGUCAUUUCAUGAAUUUUCAAAUAUAUAAAACUCCACGAAACAACUGCUGAAGGAAGGGUGCCAGUUUCCUGCACCAUGAGCAAGAGCGCCGCCGAGAGGAAGAGAGAGAGCCGGGCAAGGCAAAGCGACAAGCAGAGACUCCUUGAGCGAGAGAAGGCGAGGAGAGCAAUGAAGAUGGUCAGGGAACACCGGAAGCUGGACAGCGCAUACCAAAAGAAGCACAGGGAAGACUCUUGGAAGAGGAUGUGCCUCAUGAGGCAAAGGAGGAAAGAUGCUGAGGAGGUGCUGAGGAAGACAGGGUCCUCUCAGGCAUCGCUGCUUACGCCACACCAAAGAUUUGGGCACUGGAUACCACCAGAAGUAAAAACGGAGGACCAGGACCUUGAAGAGCCUGAAACAGGGGAGAUACCUGAGGCGGGAGGAAGGGACCUGUAUGUUGUCCAGGUUGAGACCACUGAAGAGCUUUCAAGAAGGCUGUCUCCGUUCCCAAUAAAGGAGGAACCGGAGGACGGGUAUUGUGAAACCCAGUGGCAAGACUUCAUGCAGCCGGCACAACCUCCUCACACAGAACAUGAUGAUCCAUGCUUGCUUGAUCCUGAGUCUGGAGAAGGCCCUAGGGAUUUGCUCAUUCUGUCUGCGAAUGGAGUGACAGACACCACUCAGUGGCCUCGGAGCAAGCUUACGAAGCAAACUCUGCCAGACUUUUCAGAAGGAUCUCUCAAAGUCUGUGAGCAUCACCUGGAUUCUCCCGCAAGAGUGAAAGAAGAGAGUGCAGACCUCGGCAGCUUGGAGGCACGCUGCCACCACUUCAGGCACUUCUGCUACCAAGAAGCAGAAGGACCCAUGGGAUUGUGGAGGCAUCUCCAGGAGCUUUGCCACCAGUGGCUGAGGCCAGAGGAGCACACCAAGGAACAGAUCCUGGAACUGGUGAUCCUGGAGCAGUUCCUGGCCAUCCUGCCCCCGGAGAUGCAGAUCUGGGUUCAGGGGCAUGGCCCAGAGACUUGCACCCAGGCGGUGAUUCUGGCAGAGGAUUUCCUGCUUGGGUCGCAGGAGCUUGAGGAGCAGAAGCAGCAGGUUAACCUGAUGUUUGAAGAGGCGGUUGCUAGCUCACCAGAGGCAGAGGAAGAGCAAAUAGCACAACUUUACACAGAGGGACUGUGGAAAGGCAAAAGUAGAGCCAUCAUGUUGGCUCAGGCACGGCCCAAAGCAAAAAGGAAGAUGCAGGACCGAGGACAAGCCAAAUUGGGAGAGAAUUUGGCAGCGCAAGAAGGAGACCUUCACGUGGUCCAGGUGGAGACCACAGGGGAGUUACUGGAAGGGGCAGCAGCAUUGCACCCAAUUAAACUGGAGCCUGAGGAGGGGCUGCGAGAGCGCUGGGAAGCCCAGUUGCAGGACUUCCUUAGGACAAUGCAGUCCCCUCCCUCAGGGUGGAGGACCCCACAGACCCCGCUUGCCUCGGGGAAGCCUGCAGAGGAGGACAGCAAGGUCCUCUCAACGAUGGGAAGGAGCGAUGUCAGCCAGUGGCCUAAAGGACUGUGGGUCACCCAAAGGCAGAAAGGCCUGAGCAGAGAAGCUCAGCAGGCUUCUGACAACGCAGACUCAUCCGAGAAAGCAGAAGAGGAGGUGCUUCUCGACGAGGACACUGUCAGCGUGGAGGCGCUGCGCCAGCGUUUCCGGCAGUUCCGCUGUCGGCAAGCCGAGAGGCCCCGAGACGUCUGCAAGAGGCUCUGGGAGGUUUGCCACCAGUGGCUGAAGCCGGAGAGGCGCUCGAAGGAGCAGAUCUUGGACUUGCUGAUCCUGGAGCAGUUUCUGAGCGUUCUCCCUGUAAAGAUGGAGAGCUGGGUUAGGGAACGCCGUCCAGAGACUUGUGCCCAGGCAGUGGCCCUGGCAGAGGUCUUCCUCCUGAGGCCGCAGGAGCCAAAGAGACAGGAGGCAAAGGUGGGUGUGCCAGCCUUUGGGGGUCAUCCCAGACACCUCCAGGAAAGGCUGUAGCUCAGUCAUAGAGCAUCUGCUUUGCCU